AACCAGAAGAGGAGAAUUCUCUUCCAUGUUCCCAAGAAUCUCAAAUCUCCCUCCCUCCCUCAACUCAUUAGCAAUGGCAACAUACUAUUAACACCCCUCUUCCUCCCUCUCCACCGUCCCGCAAUUAAGAUUCAAAUGGCAUUUCACAGAGCCUCGAAGGCGAAGCCAAAAUCCGCGAGAUCCCGAAUUCUGCUACUCGCGGCAGCAGUGACAGCGAUUGCGCUUCUCUUCCUGUUCUCCUCUCUUCUUUCCACCACCGUCUCGAAAGCCAACCUCUUACAGCGACGACAACAGCAGCCCUUCGAAAAGUACCUCUAUUGGGGCACCCGCAUCGACUGCCCCGGAAAACACUGUGGAUCUUGCGAGGGCUUGGGCCACCAGGAAUCCAGCCUCCGCUGCGCCCUCGAAGAAGCCCUCUUCCUCGGCAGAACCUUUGUGAUGCCUUCGAGAAUGUGUAUUAAUCCCAUCCAUAACAAGAAAGGGAUCCUUCAUCAUUCCACUAAUGCCAGUUCUGAGGAACUGUGGGAUGCAAGUUCUUGUGCCAUGGACUCUUUGUAUGACACAGAACUUAUGUCAGAUACUGUUCCUGUGAUUUUGGACAAUUCAAAAGAGUGGUAUAGGGUUCUAUCGACUAGCAUGAAGUUAGGGGCCAGAGGAGUUGCACAUGUGGAAGGAGUUAGCCGGUUUGAACUUAAAGAAAAUAGCCGCUACUCAGAUUUGUUGCUCAUAAACAGAACUGCAAGCCCUCUUUCUUGGUUUAUGGAGUGCAAGGAUCGAAACAACCGCAGUGCCAUAAUGUUGCCAUAUUCAUUUCUUCCCUCAAUGGCUGCAGGGAAACUAAGAGAUGCAGCAGAAAAGAUCAAAGCAUUACUUGGUGAUUAUGAUGCCAUCCAUGUUCGUCGUGGGGAUAAAAUAAAGACCCGGAAAGAUAGAUUUGGUGUAGCGAGGAGCUUGCACCCUCACCUUGAUAGAGACACUCGGCCAGAGUUUAUGCUUUGUAGGAUAGCAAAGUGGGUCCCACCUGGAAGAACCUUGUUUAUUGCUUCAAAUGAAAGGACUCCAGGGUUUUUUUCACCACUUUCUGCCAGGUAUAGAUUGGCAUAUUCAUCGAACUAUAGCCAUAUCUUGGAUCCGUUAAUUGAGAACAAUUAUCAAUUAUUCAUGAUCGAGAGGCUUAUAAUGAUGGGUGGUAAAACGUUCAUUAGGACAUUCAAGGAGGAUGAGACAGAUCUUAGCCUCACUGAUGACCCCAAAAAGAACACUAAGCUUUGGCAGAUACCUGUUUACAAUGUGGAUGAAACUUGUUGACGAACUAGACCUAACAUGCUACAAUUUCUACGCAACACACAUGAAAUUAAAGAAACUAGCAUCCCCGAAAUCUUUAGGAAGAAAUUCUUGCAAUGGAAGAUGAGAGGUGAUUGAUUAGUUUGUGUUGUAAAUUAUGACGUGAGCUACAGUCAAGAUUUCAUUAAUUCAUUAAAUGUAUGUACUUGUCUCAUAGAAAAGUUGAAAUGAACUAUAAAUUUUUAGGGUUAAUUAACAUUUUAAUCCCUGCAAAAUACAUGUUUUUUACUUA